AUGUCUGGCCCAAAGAAAAGCCGUGGCCGCCAAAAGAUCGAGAUGAAGAAAAUGAGCAACGAGAGCAACCUUCAAGUCACCUUCUCCAAGCGCCGCAGUGGGCUUUUCAAGAAAGCCAGUGAGCUUUGCACUCUCUGUGGCGCUGACGUGGCUCUCGUUGUUUUCUCUCCCGGCGAGAAGGUUUUCUCCUUCGGCCACCCCAACGUGGACGCCGUCAUAGACCGCUAUCUCGGGCGGGCCCCACCGACGGAGUCUUUCAUCGAGGCCCACCGCGUCGCCAACGUGCGUGAGCUCAACGCGCAGCUCACUCAGAUCAACAACCACCUAAACAAUGAGAGGAAGCGGGCCGAGGAGCUCAAUCUAAUGAAGAAGGGAGCCCAAGCCCAGCUUUGGUGGGCCCGACCCUUGGAUGGGAUGAGCAUUGCCCAGCUGAAGCAGUUCAAGGCGGCGUUGGAGGAGCUGAAGAAGCAGGUUGCGCGUCUUGCUGAUAGGGCCAUGCUUCAGAGUGUUACAAACCCUACUCUUCAAUUUUUCCCUGGGGUUUCUUCCUCUUCCAAUUCCAACCUUGUGCAUCAGCAACACCCACUGCAACCCCAGGUGUUCCCCCCACACCUGAUUCAGCCACCAAUGCUUCAGCACUUCAUGUUUCAUGAUGGGAGUAUGAUGCGCCACCAUGGAUUUAAUAACAUGGGAAUGGGAGGAUAUGGACCUGCUUUUGAUUCAUGUUGA